CAAAGGCGAUAGAGUAAGUUGUGUUAUAGAGCAAUUUGACAUUUUUUUUUUCAUUUACUAACGCCCUCCUCUCUUUCUUCUCCUCGUCAUCUUCCAUUUUUCAGGGUAAUGUCCAACCUUCCAAUGUUAUUGGUGUUUUCGGAUUGAGUCUUCGCACCCGCGAAAGUGAUCUCGAAGAUAUCUAUGGCAAGCACGGUACAUUGGACAAAGUGACAAUUGUCCAGGAUCAUAGGACUGGUCGAUCGCGCGGUUUUGGUUUCGUAACAUACACUGAUCCUGACUCCGCUACUAAAGCCAUUGAAGCUACCAAUGGCAUGGAUAUCGAUGGACGUAGUGUCAGAGUUGACUUCUCAAUGACUCGCCGCCCUCAUACUCCUACUCCUGGUGAAUAUAUGGGAGAAAAGCGUCGCGGUGGUGGCAGUGAUCGUGGUGGUGACCGUGGCGACCGUGGCGACCGUGGCGGUGACCGUCGCUACGGUCGUCGUCGCUUUCCAAAUAACUUUUUUCUUUUGACCAUUCUUUAAAUAUUUGCGUGUGUCUCUAUCAUUUUUAUGCCGAAUCCCCAAUAAAUCAAAAAAAAAAAUUGCCUCCCAGCAAACGUCGGGUGCGAACGGAUUUGGCAGGCGUGGAAAUUUUAUA